UCUGAUGUGCAAUUUGUUUUUGCGUGUUUACCAAUACUAUUCUUUAUAUUCGCGCAUUUUCUUAAAAAAUUUAGCUUCUACCUAUUUGUAGUCGUGUUUUAAGUUCAAAAUGCCACCCAAGCGAGCUAAAAAAGCUGUGCGCAAACCUGCACCGCCAAAAAGCGAGGAGUCCAAUGAUUUGGAUCCUGAUAAUCCGGUACUCUACGUCGAGCAUUGCCGCUCUUGACGAGUCUUUCGUCGCCGAGCCGAGGAGUUGCAUGCUGCCUUGCAAACUAGUCUCCAGAAUGCAGGCCAGCAGUUCAAACUUCAAUUGCAGCUUAACGCCCUGGGAGCUCCCAGGCGUGGCGCAUUUGAGUUAUCCUUUUCUCCCCAACCCACAACAGUUGCCACUGAGCUGCAUCCGAUUUGGUCCGGUUUAAAGCGUACACCUCGCGCCCAAAAGUUUCCCAAUGUCGAUGAAAUGAGCGAACAAAUAAUAAAAGCGUACAACGAGCUGUCAAACAAGAAAAACAAACGCAAGCGUACAUCCGAAACGUCGCCAUCACCAUCCUCAUCCUCACCCUCAUCCGCCAAACGCAGCAAGGAUGAAAAGUAACAUGAAUGUCAUCGAUUAAAUUUUGUAGCUAAUAGCGCCAUAUGAUCAUUAAACGGUAAAUCCUAAACGGGAAGCGUUCAAUGUGAAACUUUUGCCUUGGCUUAAAAUUUUUAUGAUGUCAUUCAACAUAAGAAAUCAGUGUUCUUCACAUUCCGCGAAGAUUUCACUAGCAUUUAAGCGAGAUGAAUAUUAUUUGUUGUUAUUAAUGUAAAAUAAAACGAACAUAAGGAAUAUUCCUGGAACAGAUGUA